UUCCUUGGUCUACAGCGACUGUUUCAUCGUCCAUCGCACACUUCCUUUGCCCCUCUCCUCCUCCUCCUCCUCCUCCUCUUCUUCUUGUUCUCCCAAGAGCCGAGUCGGAGGAGCAACGCUCAACAUGCCCUCCCUUCCGUUCGCAGACCGCAUCUCCUCGGCGUCCAACAUGCGAGGCAACAGCGACAACGGCGAGGAGGAAUCGCUCCUCGGCCGUGGCCGGGAAAAGGCUCGCCGCUUCUGGGACGGCUUCAUUGAUUUUGCCUUGCAGGGCAAUAUCCUCGAGAUCGCUUUUGGUUUGAUCAUCGCCGCCGCCUUUACCACUCUCGUCAACAAUUUUGUGCAGAACAUCAUCAUGCCCCCCAUUUCCGUCAUCCUCCCUCUCAACCGCAACAUGGAGCAAAAGUUUGCCGUCCUCCAGGGCGGCCCCAACUACACCCAGAGCGGGUACACAACCCUCGAGCGCGCAAAGGAUGACGGUGCCGUUGUCCUGGCCUAUGGCUCGUUUCUCAACCAACUCGUGUCAUUCCUCUGCAUCGGAAUCUCCCUCUACGGCCUGGCCCACGUCUUCCAAUUCUUCUCCCCAGAACCGAUCAUUAAGCAUACCGUUAAAUGCAGAUACUGUCGAAAGCGGAUCAGCAAUAAGGCGCAACGUUGCGUCAACUGCACCAGCUGGCAGGAUGGUCGCGAGGACAGGGUUCCCCAGUGAUUCCAGCGUCUUCAUUUGUUCAAGCA